AUGACGGACUGCGCGGAAGAGCAGGAGAUGGAGGUGGAGGCUCUGCUGUCCAUCCUGAUGGACGACAUGGCGGUCGUCACCGGCAGCGAGGCCAUCGCGGGCGUCACGCACGCGCCGUGUUACCAGAUCGUCGUCUCCCCGCUCGGCGACGGCGAGGAGGAGGACCCGGACGGGGACGAAUCGCAGCGCGCGAGACUCGGCCUCGUGUUCUCUCACACGCCGAGCUACCCGGAGGAGCCGCCGCUGAUCAAGUGCCGAUCGCUCCGGGGGCUCUUCGACGCAGAGCUCGUCGCGUGCAAGUCGAUGCUCGACGCGCUGGCGAAAGAAUCGGUCGGCAUGCCGAUGAUCUUCGACCUCGCGCAAGCGGCGAAGGAGUGGAUGCGCGACCGCGCGGGUGUGGUGGACGUCGUCGAGGAAACCCCGGAGCAGAUCCAGCGGCGGCUGGAGGAGGAGGCGGUGGCGCGACUGAGGGCGAUGCGCGCGACGGGCACGCCGGUCACGGUGGACUCCUACCGCGAGUGGGUGGAAAAGUUUGACGCCGAGAGGGCGCUGAAGCGGCUGAAAGCCGGCCAGGGCGGAUCGAUGGACGACGACGCCGACGCCGCCGGCGGCGAGAGACGGAUGACGGGGCGACGGUACUUCGAGGAGCGCACCGCGGCGCAGCUCGAGGCGGACGAGAAAGCCGAGGGCGAGGAGGAGGAGGACGACUUCGACUUUGGCGACUCGGACUUUGACGACUCGGACGAGGACCUGAUCGAGUUCAUGAAGGGCGGGGGCGACGGGGACGAGGACGGGGAGGAGGACGGGUAUGGGGACGGGGAGGGUGGGGGCGACGAUGGGGGCGACGAGUGA